AGGGUCAAUAAUGCCGUAAUAAAAUCAAUAUAAUACAGUAGAACGUAUGCAAUAUCUCACUGUUCUUGAAUACGGUUUUAAAUACAGUGCGCAAGUGUUUGGUAAAAAGGAAAAUAACGCUCACAUCCGUCAUACUGUAAACUGGCAUAUCCAGUGACGCCUAUUAGCAUGACCUCUACUCCAGUUGAAAACGGUUUCCACUAGUUACCCCAGCCACAAAAUCUAAAUUGGCUUUAUCGUAAACAUUUAUGAAAACAACCAUUUGCUUUUUGGUUUGAAUUUUAGGGUUAGGCUUGAGAUUAGCAUUCUGGUCAAGGUAAGGGUUAAGAUCACAUUUUAAGAAGAUAUAUUGUAGAAAUAGUCGAGGUUUAUGACUUUGUGGCCGUGUCACUUAGUGACGACCGUUCAAAACACUCGGGAACCGAGGUUGAAUGAAUGGAUCAUUUAAAUAUAAUUGCAGCAACCGGGCAGCAGUUUGAUUUACAAAUUCAUUACUCUUAAAAAUUACUAACUUUAGAAAAGGCUUAUGUGCUCCGCGACGCUCGAUUUUCGACCCGGGGAGCUUAAUGUGACAGGUGUCGGCGUUGAGUCCUUUUCAGCACCACUGCAUCAACAUGGGUGUGAUUGGUGUGCAGCUGGUGGUUACCAUGGUAAUGGCCAGUGUCAUUCAGAAGAUCAUACCUCAUUAUUCCUUCGCAAGAUGGCUGCUCUGCAGUGGAGGUCUUCGGUGGUACCAGCACCCUACGGAAGAUGAGUUGAGGAGCCUUGCUGGAAAACAACAAAAAACAAAGAGCAAGAAGGACCGGAGGAACAAUGGCCACAUAGAUUACAAGCCUCUGACCAUUCCCAAGGACAUAGACCUGCAGCUGGAGACCAAGUGCAUCACAGAAGUGGAUACGUUAGCAUUGCACUACUUCCCAGAGUUCCAGUGGCUGGUGGACUUCACGGUGGCAGCCACAGUGGUGUAUCUGAUCACAGAGCUGUACUACACUGUGGCCCAGCCCUCAGGAGAGAUGAACAUCAGCGUGGUGUGGUGCCUGCUGGUCCUUGCCUUUGUCAUUAAGACUCUGUUCUCCCUGACGGCCUUCUACUUCAAGCUGGAGGAGGGCGGUGAGCGCUCGCUCUGCAUCACCUUCGCUUUCUUCUUCUUCGUCAAAGCCAUGGCCAUCCUCAUCGUCACCGAGAACUACCUGGAGUUCGGCCUGGAGACAGGUUUUGCAAAUUUCUCCGAAAGUGCCACACAUUUUUUAGAGAACCAGGGGUUGGAGUCCCAGGGUCCCAUAUCUAAACUCACCUUUAAGCUGAUCCUGGCCCUGCUCUGCUCUCUGAUUGGUGCAUUUCUCACCUUCCCCGGCCUACGAUUGGCCCAAAUGCACCUGGACGCCCUCAACCUGACCACAGCUAAAGUCACACAGACCUUGCUUCAUAUCAACUUCCUGGCCCCUCUUAUUAUGGUAUUGUUGUGGGUCAAGCCCAUAACCAAGGACUACAUCCUGAACCCUACCCUGGGGAAGGAGAGUGUGCCUUUGAUGACUGAGGAGAUGUACGAUACGUUGCGUUUAUGGACCAUCCUGCUGCUGUGUGUGCUGCGCCUGGCUAUGAUGAGGCACCACCUCCAGGCCUACCUCAGCCUGGCCCAGAAGGGCGUGGAGCAGAUGAAGAAGGAGGCGGGACGCAUCAGCACCGUCGACCUGCAGAAGAUGGUGGCCCGUAUUUUCUACUACCUAUGUGUAAUCGCACUGCAGUAUGUGGCACCCUUGGUGAUGUUGCUGCAUACAACCUUGCUGCUAAAAACCUUAGGUGGACACUCCUGGGGUGUGUACCCCGAGGAAGACUUCCCCUGUCCGCUGGACUCUGACCCUGCCAUGGUGGCAGCACCAACUGCAGCUCCAGGGCCGGAGGUGGAGGCCCACCUGUCAGUGGCUCUCGGGGGCUUGCGGACAGUGUUCACCCCCCUGCUUUUCCGCGGCCUCCUCUCCUUCUUCACCUGGUGGAUCGCUGCCUGCCUCUUCUCCACAUCAAUAUUCGGCCUCUUCUAUCAUCAGUAUCUUAUGGCGGCAUAGCAGCAUUGCCCCAGGGUCAGUGUGGUGUCCCACAAGGAUCUGUUCCAGGCCCGUUCAGAAGUGACUGAGUUGUCAUUAGGUGCCCUAAUGCUUCCUCCAUGGAUGACUCUAAACCUUCUUUUUUUUACAACCUUAUUUUUGAGAGCAGGAUUCACAAAUCCUUACCAUGAGACUAAUGUAAAUGAGGGUAGUGAUAAUAUACACUGAGUGUACAAAACAUUAAGAACACCUUCCUAGGGGCUGUUAUGGUGACCGUAUUACCGCCACACUGGCGUUCAUGACAGCAGUCAAAUUCCAUGUGACCAUUUAGUUACGGUAACUUGGCUUCUCCAAGCUCUGCUGCUGAUGGUCAUUAGUAGACUACCAAACCUGCUUACUGCCUGGUACCCAGCACACUAUUGUCACUCUGACAUCAAUGCAAAGAAAUUGAAAAUCAAACACUCCAUGUGAGCCCAUGAGCUCAUGUGCAACAUUUCUAUAGGCUAUGCAAUUGCGUGAGAAAACAGAGUUUUGAUGGCCUCUAUUUUUAUGUUUUAUUUCACCUUUAUUUAACCAGGUAGGCCAGUUGAGAACAACUUCUCAUUUACAAAUGCGAGCAGGCCAAGAUGGAGCAAAGCAGUGCAACACAAACAACAGAGUUACACAUGGGAUUAACAAACAUACAGUCAAUAGCACAAUAGAAAAAUCAAUAUACAGUGUGUGCAAAUGUAGUAAGAUUAGGGAGGUAUAAGGCAAUAAGUAGACCAUAGUGGUGAAGUAAGUACAAUUUAGCAUUAACACUGGAGUGAUAGAUGUGCAGAAGAUGAAAUGUGCAAGUAGAGAUUUUUGAAAUUAAUUCCAGUCAUUGGCAGCAGAGAACUGGAAGGAAAGGUGGCCAAAGGAGGAGUUGGCUUUGGGGAUGACCAGUGAAAUAUACUUGGUGGAGCAUGUGCUACGGGUGGGUGCUGCUGUGGUGACCAGUGAGCUGAGAUAAGGUGGGGCUUUACCUAGCAAGACUUAUAGAUGACCUGGAACCAGUGGGUUUGGCGACAAAUAUGAAGCAAGGGCCAGCCAAUGAGCGCAUACAAGUUGCAGUGGUGGGUAGUAUAUGGGGCUUUGGUGACAAGACGAAUGGCACUGUGUAAGACUACAUCAAGUUUGCUGAGUAGUUUCGGGGGCUAUUUUGUAAAUGACAUCGCCGAAGUCAAGGAUCGUUAGGAUAGCAUGAGGGAAGGAUGCUUUGUUGUGAAAUAGGAUGCCGAUUCUAGAUGUAAUUUUGGAUUGGAGAUGCUUAAUGUGAGUCUGGAGUGAGACUUUACAGUAUAACCAGACACCUAGGUAUUUGUAGUUGUCCACAUAUUCUAAGUCAGAACUGUCCAGUGUCGUGAUGCUAGACAGGUGGGCGGGUGCGGGCAGCAAUCGGUUGAAGAGCAUGCAUUUAGUUUUGCUUGCAUUUAAGAGCAGUUGGAGGCCGCGGAAGGAGAGUUGUAUGGCAUUGAAGCUCGUCUAGAGGUUAGUAACACAGCUUCCAAAGAUGUGCCAGAAGUAUACAGAAUGGUGUCGUCUGCGUAGAGAUGGAUCAGAGAAUCACCAACAUCAUUGAUGUUUACAGAGAAAAGAGUUGGUCUGAGAAUUGAACCCUACGGCACCCCCAUAGAGACUGCCAGAGGUCCGGACAACAGGCCCUCCGAUUUGAAACAGUAAUGUAUAUCUGUGAAGUAGUUGGUGAACCAGCGAAGCAGUCAUUUGAGAAACCAAGGCUGUGGAUUCUCCCGAUAAGUAUGUGGUGAUUGACAGAGUCGAAAGCCUUGGCCAGGUUGAUGAAGACGGCUGCACAGUACUGUCUUUUAUUGAUGGCGGUUAUGAUAUUGUUUAGGACCUUGAGCGGGGCUGAGGUGCACCCAUGACCAGCUCGGAAACCAGAUUGCAGAGCGGAGAAGGUACGGUGGGAUUCAAAAUGGUUGGUGAUCUGUUUGUUAACUUGGCUUUCGAAGACUCUAGAAAGGCAGGGUAGAAUAGAUAUAGGCCCUUAACUGUUUGGGUCUAGAGUGUCUCCCCCUUUGAGGAGGGGGAUGAACGAGGCAGUUUUCCAAUCUUUAGGGAUCUCAGACAAUAUGAAAGAGAGGUUGAACAGGCUAGUAAUAGGGGUUGCAACUAUUUGUGGUGGAUAAUUUUAGAAAGAGAGUGUCUAGAUUGUCUAGCCCAGCUGAUUUGUAGAUGUUAGAUUUUGGCUAUUCGAUGCUAAUGCAGUACGCCACAGGAUGUUUUUGUGCUGCUCAAGGGCAGUCAAGUCUGGAGUGAACCAGGGGCUUUAUCUGUUCUUAGUUCUAAUUUUUUUUUGAAUAGGGCAUGCUUAUUUAAGAUGGUGAGGAAGGCAAUUUUAAAGAAUAACCAGGCAUCCUCUACUGACAGAAUGAGGUCAAUAUCCUUGCAGGAUACCCGGGCCAGGUCGAUUAGAAAGGCCUGCUCGCUGAAGUGUUUUAGGGAGUGUUUGACAGUGAUGAGGGGUGGUCGUUUGACCGCGGACACAUUAUGGAUGCAGGCAGUGAUCGCUGAGAUCCUAGUUGAAGAUAGCAGAGGUGUAUUUAGAGGGCAGGUUGGUCAGGAUGAUAUCUAUGAAGGUGCCCGUGUUUACGGAUUUGGGGUUGUACCUGAUAGGUUCCUUGAUCAUUUGUGUGAGAUCGAGGGCAUCUAGCGUAGAUUGUAGGACAGCUGGGGUGUUAAGCAUAUCCCAGUUUAGGUCACCUAACAGUACAAACUCUGAAGAUAAAUGGGGGGCAGUUAAUUCACAUAUGGUGUCCAGGGCACCGCUGGGGGCUGAGGGGGGUCAAUAACAACAGUGAGAGACUUAUUUCUGGAAAGGUGGAUUUUUAAAAGUAGAAGCUCGAACUGUUUGGACACAGACCUCUGCAGGCUAUCUCCGCAGUAGAUUGCAACUCCACCCCCUUUGGCAGUUCUAUCUUGGUGGAAAAUGUUGUAGUUGGGGAUGGAAAUUUCUGAAUUUUUGGUUGCUUUCCUAAGCCAGGAUUCAGACACGGCUAGGACAUCAGGGUUGGAGGACUGCGCUAAAGCAAUGAAUAAAACACACUUAGGGAGGAGGCUUCUGAUAUUAACAUGCAUGAAACCAUGGCUUUUACGGUUACAAAAGUCAACAAAUGAUAGCGCCUGGGGAAAAGGAAUGGAACUAAGGGCUACAUGGCCUGGGUUAACCUCAACAUCACCAGAAGAACAGAGGAGGAGUAGGAUAAAGGCAUUGCUAAAGGCUAUAAGAACUGGUAGUCUAGUGCUUUGGGGACAGAGAAUAGAAGGAGCAGAUUUUCGGGCAUAGUAGAAUAGAUUCAGGGCAUAAUGUACAGACUAUGGUAGGAUGUGAGUACCGUGGAGGUAAACCUAGGCGUUGAGUGAUGAUGAGAGGUUUCGUCUCUGGAGGCACCAGUUAAGCCAGGUGAGGUCGCCGCAUGUGUGUGGGGUGGAACAAAAGAGCUAUCUAAGGCAUUUUGAGCAGGACUGAGGGCUCUACAGUGAUAUAAAAACUAGCCAAGACAGCAGUAGACAAGGCAUACUGACUUUAGAGAGAGGCAUAAAGCAAACACAGGUGUUGAUCAGGAGAGCUAAGACAACAACGGGUAAAUGACGAUGAAUUGGCAGAGCGGGUCAGUUAGGUACAUACAGGACCUGAGUUUGAGGCUGGGGCCGACAGGUAAACAAAAUGAGGUACCGUGUUAUUGAAACAGUCCAGGGGUCAUCAGCUAUGUACAUUGAGGGGAAGAAGUAUGAUCCCCUGCUGAUUUUGUACGUUUGCCCACUGACAAAGAAAUUAUCAGUCUAUAAUUUUAAUGGUCGGUUUAUUUGAACAGUGAGAGACAAUAACAACAACAAAAUCCAGAAAAACGCAUGUCAAAAAUGUUAUAAAUUGAUUUGCAUUUUAAUGAGGGAAGUAUUUGACCCCUCUGCAAAACAUGACUUAGUACUUGGUGGCAAAACCCUUGUUGGCAAUCACAGAGGUCAGACGUUUGUUGUAGUUGGCCACCAGGUUUGCACACAUCUCAGAAGGGAUUUUGUCCCACUCCUCUUUGCAGAUCUUCUCCAAGUCAUUAAGGUUUCGAGGCUGACGUUUGGCAACUCGAACCUUCAGCUCCCCCCACAGAUUUUCUAUGGGAUUAAGGUCUGGAGACUGGCUAGGCCACUCCAGGACCUUAUUGUGCUUCUUCUUGAGCCACUCCUUUGUUGCCUUGGCCGUGUGUUUUGGGUCAUAUUCAUGCUGGAAUAUCCAUCCAUGACCCAUUUUCAAUGCCCUGGCUGAGGGAAGGAGGUUCUCACCCAAGGUUUGACGGUACAUAGCCCCGUUCAUCGUCCCUUUGAUGCGGUGAAGUUGUCCUGUCACCUUAGCAGAAAAACACCCCCAAAGCAUAAUGUUUCCACCUCCAUGUUUGACGGUGGGGAUGGUGUUCUUGGGGCCAUAGGCAGCAUUCCUCCUCCUCCUCCAAACACGGUGAGUUGAGUUGAUGCUGAAAGAGCUCCAUUUUGGUCUCAUCUGACCACAACACUUUCACCCAGUUGUCCUCUGAAUCAUUCAGAUGUUCAUUUGCAAACUUCAGACGGGUAUGUAUAUGUGUUUUCUUGAGCAGAGAGACCUUGUGGGGGCUGCAGGAUUUCAGUCCUUCACAGCGAAGUGUGUUACCAUUGACAAGAUCCUCCCGUGUAGUUCUGGGCUGAUUCCUCACCGUUCUCAUGAUCAUUGCAACUCCACGAGGUGAGAGCUUGCAUGGAGCCCCAGGCCGAGGGAGAUUGGAAGUUAUUUUAUGUUUCUUCCAUUUGCGAAUUUGUUGUCACCUUCUCACCAAGCUGCUUGGCGAUGGUCUUAUAGCCCAUUCCAGCCUUGUGUAGGUCUACAAUCUUGUCCCUGACAUCCUUGGAGAGCUCUUUGGUCUUGGCCAUGGUGGAGAGUUUGGAAUCUGAUUGAUGGAUUGCUUCUGUGUCUUUUAUACAGGUAGCAAGCUGAGAUUAGGAGCACUCCCUUUAAGAGUGUGCUCCUAAUCUCAGCUCGUUACCUGUAUAAAAGACACCUGGAAGCCAGAAAUCUUUCUGAUUGAGAGGGGGUCAAAUACUUAUUUCCCUCAUUAAAAUGCAAAUCAAUUUAUAACAUUUUUGACAUGCGUUUUUCUGGAUUUUUGUUGUUGUUAUUCUGUCUCUCACUGUUCAAAUAAACCUACCAUUAAAAUUAGUGUUUUCCCUACUGCCGUGUGCACAUUCCUCAGCUUAUAAUAUAAAGAAAAAGUGUAAUUUAUCAAGAUUUUAAAUUAAACGUGCUGAUCUGUUGCAUCAGCCUCAUUGCUUUUUAAAUUAAUUUUGAUGUGAGUGGUUGUAGUCAUUUGGGAUCUAUCGCAUCUCAUAACUGUCUCAGACUAUGUUUAGAAUAUUGAUUUCUUGCCCAGAAGGGCAAGUUGACCAUAGGUAAUAGGUCAACUUUUGUGGUACGGUGGAUAGCAGAUUGACAUAGGCCAGUGUUUUUGCCCUUCGUUUGCCCUUCACUCAUCUUGUUGGCUGACGAAAUGUAAAUGUGGACAGUUCUUCUAACAUCUUCAGUAUGCGCCUCGGAAUUCGAUAAGAGGGACGAGCGCAGUUGCGUGUGUCUGUCUUCACUUGUAGCCUACUUAGCUGAGAUGCCUGUAAGAAGGACACGAUCACAUGACGGGCAUUGGUUAAAAAUAAUUGAGAUAUCUGAGAGAGCCAUGUGAGAGGUGCUUUGGAGCAAGGCGAUUGGCAGCCGGGAGAAGGGAAUUAUAAUGAUUAUGUUCAGCCCAAGGGCAUAAUGUCCACUUUGGCUGCAAAAAGCAUGGGUUUUUUAGGGGGCGUUACUGAUGAAGUGUGUGCAGCCUGCACAAGAAACAAAGCAGAGGUCAUGCCUUUAAUGAAAACAUUUUAAAAUCCUCAGUCGCAUCAUGCAGGCUUAGAAUGUAUUACAAAUCUAAACAUAUAGCCCAAAGUUUAUCACAACUAAUGUUGCAGAAAUAACUCUAAAUUAAGCAUAUAGGAGAACUUGCUUCUUUGUUAACCUAACAGAAUAGCCAUGUGUGCGCUCUCCCACAGAAAUCGUUUGAAAAAAGACCUUUGUGUUUUAUUCAGCUGCAGUGGGGCAAAAAAGUAUUUAGUCAGCCACCAAUUGUGCAUGCCCACUCACUUAAAAAUGAGAGAGGCCUGUAAUUUUCAUCAUAGGUACACUUCAACUAUGACAGACAAAAUGAGGGGGAAAAUCCAGAAAAUCACAUUGUAGGAUUUUUAAUGAAUUUAUUUGCAAAUUAUGGUGGAAAAUAAGUAUUUGGUCACCUACAAACAAGCAAGAUUUAUGGCUCUCACAGACCUGUAACUUCUUCUUUAAGAGGCUCCUCUGUCCACUCGUUACCUGUAUUAAUGGCACCUGUUUGAACUUGUUAUCAGUAUAAAAGACACCUGUCCACAACCUCAAACAGUCACACUCCAAACUCCGCUAUGGCCAAGACCCAAAGAGCUGUCAAAGGACACCAGAAACAAAAUUGUAGACCUGCACCAGGCUGGGAAGACUGAAUCUGCAAUAGGUAAGCAGCUUGGUUUGAAGAAAUCAACUGUGGGAGAAAUUAUUAGGAAAUGGAAGACAUACAAGACCACUGAUAAUCUCCCUCGAUCUGGGGCUCCACGUAAGAUCUCACCCCGUGGGGUCAAAAUGAUCACAAGAACGGUGAGCAAAAAUCCCAGAACCACACGGGGGGACCUAGUGAAUGACCUGCAGAGAGCUGAGACCAAAAGCGUUUGACCUCUGUCAUUGCCAACAAAGGGUAUAUAACAAAGUAGUGAGAAACUUUUGUUAUUGACCAAAUACUUAUUUUCCGCCAUAAUUUGCAAAUAAAUUCAUUAAAAAUCCUACAAUGUGAUUUUUCUGGAUUUUUUUUUUUCUAAUUUUGUCUGUCAUAGUUGAAGUGUACCUAUGAUGAAAAUUACAGGCCUCUCAUCUUUUUAAGUGGGAGAACAUGCACAAUUGGUGACUGACUAAAUACUUUUUGCCCCACUAUGUUCAAAAAGAUUUUCUUCAUAGUGUAAAAUAAUACCACGGAAUUCUAAGCAAAUUUUGUCUGCGCCCAGAGCCAUAUGGCAUAGCCAGAUUCUGCUCUUCUGAAAUAGGCUACCUAUUCUUCAUAUCAUGUUUCUUUAGACCUGUAAUGGGUUUAUUGUGAUGGUGUAGGCUAUAUUACAUUGAUUUAUUAGACUUUUUCAAAUGUAGAUGUUCCAAAGUUCUACAUCAGUGGCUUGUAGGCUGCGUGGAAGCCAGGAGAUGCUAUACGUGUUUAUGUUAAUUGACGGUCAAUUACAGUGACACCGGCAGUUAUUUUCACCGGCUGACAAAAUUUCAUGAACACCACAGCCCUACAGCUUCCUAAUAUUGAGUUGCCUCAAUUCGUCGGGGCAUGGUGUCGAUAGUGUUCCACAGGGAUGCUGGCCCAUGUUGAGUCCAGUGCUUCCCAAAGUUAUAUCAAGUUGGCUGGAUGUCCUUUGGGGGGUGGACCAUUCUUGAUACAGACGUAAAACUGUUGCGCAUGAAAAACCCAGCAGUGUUGCAGUUCUUGACACUCAAACCAGUGCGCCUGGCACCUACUACCAUACCCCUUUCAAAGGCACUUAAAUAUUUGUCUUGCCCAUCCACCCUCUGAAUGGCACACACACACACCAUGUCUGAAAGCUUACAAGUCCUUUACCCUGUUGUCCUUCCUUCAUCUACACGGAAUUUGAAGUGGAUUGAACCAGUGUCAUCAAUAAGGGAUCAUUCAGUAGCUUUCACCUGGAUUCCCUUGGUCAGUCUGUCAUGGAAAGAGCAGGUGUUCAUAAUAUUUUGUACACUCAAUGUGCGUACAGUCUUAAACAGAGCAGCAGAAACGACCUUGUCUCUGCAUGCUGUGGUGGGGGCUUGGGACCUGUGGAUGGUGUGAUGGGACAUGAGAGCUAAACCACUGCUCGCAAGUCACGGUUUGAGAAGGGACAGCUGGAAGCGAUGCUAUUCCUGCUGGAUGAGGAGGAGGGGAACCUCACUGGGACAUUCCUUGCUGAGAUCCCAUCACUUGAAACUGUGCAAUGUGUUCUUAUGGUUUGUGGUGUAUAUAUUACCUGACCCUGGUACAAACUGUGCCAUACUGAAAGAGCUGAGAGAAACUUGUGCCCCUUCUGACAAGCUGUGGCAGCAGUCAGGUAGGGCAGCACACAGGGCAUGUUCAAGGGAAUAGCAUCUGUAGAUGUUUUAUUUAAUCUUUUAGUUUGACAGGGAAAUCACACCAAUGUCUCUUUUACAGGUGUGCCCUGUAGAUUAAUACUUGUGUGUGCAGACUAAAGUAAACAGAAAUUGUAUUGUAGAUCUGUAAUGAUGCAAUGGGAUGCGUGAGAUAACGAGCGGUAUUAUAGUUCCGGUACUUUGGACAAAUCACGAUUUCGCAGGUGUUUCAGAAGGAGAGGGGACAUUUGACCCUGCCGUAACCUGCAGAGAGAGAGAAGGUGGAGGUCUUCGUUCCGGGUCUGAUCCUUUUUCAAUAUCUUCUCUUAACGUGUGGAACCAGAACUUAAAUGAGCAUUUUACCAAUUACACAAGACUUUAAUUCUGAGUUAACUAAGA